AUGGAAGAAUUUGAAGUAGGAGGUAAAAAGAGAAGAGUUAGAGUCAGGUCUCUGUUAUCUCCAGAAAUCAAAGAGUCCUUGAUAGCUUUCCUCCGAAGUAAUUCUGACGUGUUCGCCUGGUGCCAUGACGACAUGCCAGGAAUUGACCCCUUGGUAAUUUCGCACUGGCUAAAUAUGGACCCAAACUACCGACCCGUCAAAAAAAAAAGAAGAAACUUUGCUCCAGAAAGAAACCAAGCCAUACAUGAAGAAGUGGAGAGACUAUUGAGAGUCGGCUUUAUCCGAGAAGUGGACUACCCCCAGUGGCUGGCCAAUGUUGUCUUGGUGAAAAAGUCAAGCGGGAAAUGGAGAAUGUGCAUGGAUUUCACCGACCUCAACAGGGCGUUCCCAAAAAAUAGUUUCCCUCUCCCCCAGAUGGAUGUCCUAAUCGACUCCACCUCGAGUGCAACCUACCAAAGGUUAGUCAACAGAAUGUUCAACAACCAAAUCGAGAGGAAUGUAGAAGUAUAUGUGGAUGACAUGCUAGUGAAGAGCCUGAAAGCGAUCAGCCAUCUGGCUGAUCUCGAAGAAACUUUUGAUACACUAAGGAGAUAUCGGAUGAAGUUGAACCCGGCGAAAUGUGCCUUUGGCGUCUCAUCAAGAAAGUUCCUGGGGUUCAUGGUCUCGAAUAAAGGAAUCGAGGCAAAUCCAGAGAAAAUCCAAGCUGUGCUGGAAAUGCAAGCUCCCCGUACGACAAAACAACUACAGCAAUUGACCGAGAGGAUUGCAGCCUUAAACCGCAACGAGUGCGAAGAGGCUUUUGGCCAGUUAAAAGAAUACCUAGCCAGCCCACCACUCUUAAGUUCACCAAAAGAAGGGGAAAUUCUUUACUUAUACCUAGCAGUGUCGCCAUCAGCUGUCAGCUCAAUCUUAGUCCGAGAGGAGUCCGGAUUGCAAAAACCAGUAUAUUUCACUAGUAGGGCGCUGCACGGAGCCGAAGGAAGAUAUCCUUGGAUUGAGAAGUUAGCCUUUGCCCUCAUCGCCUCAUCUCGGAGGCUAAGACCAUAUUUCCAGGCACAUGCUAUAAGGGUGCUCACAGAGUAUCCUCUGAAGAAAGUAUUGCAAAAGCCCGACCUCUCAGGUAGAUUGGUAAAUUGGGCCGUGGAGCUCGGAGAAUUUGACCUAGAAUUCUAUCUGAGAACCACCAUCAAGGCCCAAGUUCUGGCAGACUUCAUUGCAGAAUUUUGCAAUCUCCCCGAAAGCCAAGAAACUCCCGAGCAAGAAACGUGGAUAGCGUAUGUCGAUGGGUCAUCCAUGAAGUCCCGAAGCGGAGCCGGGGUAGCCUUGAUAACACCGGAUAAGGAGGAAAUUGCAGUGGCAUUGAAGUUAGACUUUCCAACCACAAACAAUGAGGUGGAGUACGAAGCAGUAAUAGCAGGCCUCAGCCUGGCGAAACAUCUAGGAGCAAAAAACCUCGAAGUCCGAAGCGACUCACAGGUUGUUGUCGGCCUCAUCCAAGGUGGAUCUGAGGCCAAAGGAGAAAAAAUGAUAAAGUACCUUGCCAAGGUGUUGGGUUUUUGGGACCGCUUCGAACGAGUGGUGGUCACACAGAUCCCAAGAACCAAAAACAAACGAGCUGAUGCACUAGCUCGGCUAGGGUCGGCAACGGACGAAAAGAUUUCGGCCUCAAAACACCGGGUUAUCAUUCUAGACAAGCCUUCUGUGGAUGACAUUGGAUCGGUGAUGCAGAUCGAUGACGCCUACGUAAUUAAUGAAUGGGCAAGGCACGUGAUUGAAUAUCUUAAGAACGGGCAACUACCGAAUGAUAAGAAAGAAUUUCGAAAAGUCCGGAAGCAAUCAGCACGAUAUACUCUUGUCGGUGAAAUUCUGUAUCGCCGAGUUGAAGAAACAAACAAAACUUUGGUGAAGAUAUUAAAAAAGAAACUCCCAAAGCGUAAGGGAGGAUGGGUGGAAUAUUUGCUGGAAGUCAUGUGGUCGUACCGAACAACAACCAGCUUGGCAACUUCUGAAACUCCCUACUCGCUAGCAUUCGAAGUCGAAGCAGUGAUCCCUAUCGAAAUAGGUUCCCCGAGCUUUCGCAUUCAGCAUUAUAAUCUCGGAUUUAACAGUGAAGGAUUAAAACUGCACCUUGAUCUUCUGGAAGAAAAGCGAGAAGAAGCAAGAGUCAGAACUUCUACUUAUAAAGAAAAAGCAGCUCGGUAUUAUAACAAAAAAGUAAAGCCCCGAUCGUUCAAUACUGGUGACUGGGUGCUUCGGAGAAUAACUUCGGCAGCUAAAGACCCCACAGAAGGGAAAUUGGGGCCAGUAUGGGAAGGACCAUUCCGAGUUAUCAAAAUCAACCCAAAGGGAGCAUACCAUCUUGAAGACACAAACGGGAAGAAGCUGCAACGACCAUGGAAUGCCUAG